AAACUGUCAACUUGAGAAUAUGAAAGGAGUUCUGGAGAUGGAGGAAGCUGAUGGUUGCACAGAAAUGUGAAUUACCGAAUGCCACUGAACUUAAAAUGGAAAUUUUUGGCAAUGUUUAGAGAUUUGGUUGUCAAACUCUGGGACUGCUGCUGACAUCUACUGGAUAGAAGCUAGAGAUACCGUGAAACAUUUUACAGUGCACAACAAAGGAUUAUAGAGCUCCAAAUGUCUACAGUGCUGAGACAGAGAAUAUUAAGUCCACAAGUGGGGACAGUGGAAAGAACACCAGCUUCAGAGUCAGUUCAGACCUGCGUCUGCGACAGAGCUGACAUCUUGAGCAACUCCUUCAGUCUGACAUGGCAGAAGAACCAGUGUGUCCCUCCACACAAAUACCCGAUGAUGAAGAUAGACAAAAAGAAGAUAAUAUCCGUUGCUUAAAUAUGCUUGGCCAUUUUGGUUUCGAUUGUUUGGCUCAUCAGCUGGUGGACAAAUCUGUUCAACAAGGAUUCUUUUUUAAUAUUCUCUGUGUGGGGGAAACUGGAAUUGGAAAAUCAACCUUGAUUGACACACUGUUCAAUACUAAUUUGAAAGACAAAAAAUCUUCACAUUUUUACUCAAGUGUUGGACUUAAAAUUCAGACAUAUGAACUCCAGGAAAACAAUGUUCAGUUGAAAUUAACUGUUGUGAAAACGGUGGGCUAUGGUGAUCAAAUAAACAAGGAAGCCAGCUACCAGCCAAUUGUUGACUACCUAGAUGCUCAAUUUGAGUCCUAUCUUCAAGAAGAGUUGAAAAUUAAACGUUCCUUAGGUGACUACCAUGAUUCCCGCGUCCAUGUGUGCCUUUACUUCAUUUCACCUACAGGACAUUCUCUGAAGUCUCUUGAUAUAUUAACCAUGAAGAACAUUGACAGCAAGGUGAACAUUAUACCAGUGAUUGCCAAAGCAGAUGCAAUUUCUAAAAGUGAUUUACAGACAUUUAAGUGUGAGAUAAUGAAUGAAUUGAUUAAUAAUGGCAUCCAGAUAUAUCAGUUCCCAACAGAUGAUGAAACUACCACUCACACGAACUCCUCAAUGAAUGGCCUCUUACCUUUUGCUGUAGUAGGAAGUACGGAUGAAGUGAAAGUUGGAAAAAGGACAGUCAGAGGACGUCAGUACCCCUGGGGAAUUUUACAAGUGGAAAAUGAAAACCACUGUGACUUUGUUAAGCUCCGGGAUAUGCUUCUUUGUACAAAUAUGGAAGACUUGAAAGAACAGACUCAUACUCGGCACUAUGAACGUUACAGGCGCAACAGACUUCACAUAAUGGGAUUUACUGAUAUGGGUCCAAACAACCAGCCAGUUAGUUUUCAAGAGAUCUAUGAAGCCAAAAGGCAGGAGCUCUUGGAGCAAUGUCAGAGCGAAGAAGAAGAGUUGAAACAGAAGUUUAUGCAGCGAGUAAAGGAGAAAGAAACAGCAUUUAAAGAAGCUGAAAAAGAGCUACAGGACAAGUUUGAACAUCUUAAGAAGAUCCAACAAGAGGAGACAAUGAGACUUGAGGAAGAGAGGAGACAACUGGAAGAAGAAAUCCUAGCAUUUUAUAAAAUGAAGGCCUCCUCUGGAACCUUGCAGGGUCAGGUGUGCACCAGUAUAAAGAAGGACAAAGAGCGUAAGAAAUAAUCCUUUACCAUUCUGUGUGUUGUAGAGCCCUUUCACUCUCUCUCUCAUCUUCCUGGGAGAUUUUCCUCAUAGCACUUAAUUCUGAUUGAAAUUAUGCUGUUUUAAAAUUUGUUUACUUGCUGUGCAUUUUUUCCUGCUAGCGGGUGAGCUCCUUGAGAGCACGUACCUUGAUCAUUUUGUUAGAUGCUCUAUCGUCAGGGUUUAGAACAAGAGUAGCACAGAAUUGGCACUCAAUAAAUAUUUGCUAAAAUGAAAGAAGAUCAAAGAUUUAUGCACCACAGUGUAAAAGUGUUGAUUAGCUGUGGAAAUUCUUUUACCAUAGCCCAACCUAUGACUCUGAUGACCAAGUAUAUGUAUUAUUUCAUAUCUAAAUAGAAGUAGGGGAUUUGUUGGCAUGCAGUAUUGCAAAAAGCUAAUCCUUAUGCUCAUGUUCCUUAUAAAAUUCUACUGAUAAUAAUUUCUUGAUAGUUUCUAUUAAGUAAAAUGCUGUUUCUGAUUGUAACUCUUAUACUUUUAUGUUAGACCUUGUAAAACUAAUAUUGGAAUAAAACUUCAGAAGUGAAAGAGAGUAGAGAAAAAUGGGAAACCAUGAGUAACAUUUGGAUUAUAAUAUUAUGCCUUACAUACUAACAUUUACUUAAAACUAGUUACCAAGGUUUUAGAAAAUAAAGUAGAUUUUUUUUUAACUAUUUCAAAAGUUUCCUUCUGACUAU